UUAGUGAACACUAUGUGCGCGGCAUUGAAGACGUAAUUUGUUGACUUCCCAUGCGCGCAGGUCUUCCGUGAACACUUGACUCUGUCACUGGAGUAAUAAUCUUUAAGAAAUAAAUUGCUGUUUCACUGUGUCAACCAGACUCUCUAGGCAGAUCGCGCUGCUAAAUCUUCAGCCCCUCAGCAUGGCAUCAGAAUCCCAUUUUAAGGAAAAUCUGCAUAACCUUCAUCUGGAGGAUGAAGGGCACUAUCGCAACCCUUCAGAGGUGAAGAUGAGCCAGAUAGUGCUGCCUUGCCAUGCCAAUCACUGCAGAGAACUGAGCAUCGGACAGCUGCUCAAAUGGAUGGACUGCACAGCAUGUCUUUCUGCUGAGAGGCAUGCUGGAUGCCCCUGUGUGACAGCUUCUGUUGAUGACAUCUACUUUGAGCGCACCAUUGGUGUUGGACAAGUGGUCAACAUUAAAGCCAAAGUCAACAGGGCCUUCAACUCAAGCAUGGAGGUGGGGAUAGAGGUGAGGUGUGAAGACCUAUACAGUGGCCAUCAUUCGAGAGUGUGUCAGGCAUUUGCCACAUUUGUCGCCAAACGCACAGAUGCAACAAAGGUGCAGCUGAAGCAGGUUGUGCCCUGCACACACCAAGAACAGGUGGAGCACAGCUUAGCAGCUGAGAGGAGGAGGAUGCGAGUCAUUCACCAUGACAUCAUGCAAGACUUGCUCAACAACAAGAACGUCCAGAGAAGUAUCAGUGAGGAAAACCUUGAUGAAGAUGAGGCUUUGCCAACAGAAAGAACAAGAGUGGAAAGUGUCGAGCUGGUACUUCCGCCUCAUGCCAAUCACCAGGUCAACACAUUUGGAGGUCAGAUUAUGGCUUGGAUGGAAAAUGUUGCUACCAUUGCAGCCAGUCGUUUAUGCAAUGCUCAUCCAACUCUGAGGACUAUAGACAUGUUUCACUUUAGAGGCCCUUCUCAUGUUGGAGAUCGUUUGAUUCUGAAAGCCAUUGUCAACAACACAUUUAAGAACAGUAUGGAGGUAGGUGUCUGUGCAGAAGCCUAUUACGGAGAUGAACCUCUGAGGCACAUCAACAGUGCCUUCAUGACGUUUGAGGUGCUGGAUGAGAAAGGAAGGCCACGUCCACUGCCCCCCAUAAAACCUGAACCUCAGGAGGGACAGAGGAGAUAUCAGGAGGCUCUUGCCAGGAAGAAGAUUCGUCUUGAUAGGAAGUACAUUAUCUCAUGCAAGCAGACCGAGGUGCCACUGUCUGUCCCAUUAGACCCCAGUAACCAGGUUUAUCUAAGCUACAAUAAUGUGUCUGCAUUGAAGAUGCUUGCAGCCAAAAACAACUGGGACCUUAGCUCAAAGAAGAACAAUGUGAGCCUGUAUACACUGGAGGAGAGUCAGUAUCUGUGUUUCAGGGUGGAGUUUGAAAUGGAAAUCCCAGCACAAAGAGCAUUCAUCCUCCUCUCAGAUCUCAGCCGCAGACAUGAAUGGGACCAACACUAUACUUUGUGUAAGCUGCUCAUUAGGGUUGAUGAGGAUGAUUUCAUCUAUCAAGUUGUUACUCCUUCGGUCAGUAAAGGAGGAAAAGAUCAGGACUUCAUUUUACUGGCCUCUAGAAGACCGCCCUGUGAUAGCGGGGAUCCAUAUGUAAUUGCCCUACGAUCAGUUGCUCUACCCACUCACCCAAGCACAGAGGAGUUCCACCGGGGUGAGGUGGUCUGUGCUGGGUUCACCAUUUAUGAGGUUUCGAAAAGUAUCUCAAAGAUUUCCUACUAUAAUCAGGCCAGUCCAGAAGUCCUGCCAUACAUCUCCACUGACAUUGCAGGCCUCUCGUCCAGUUUCUACUCAAUAUUCUGUGCAUGCAGGCAGUAUCUACUGGACAACAUAGCCAGUACAUCUACAUUCACCCCUUCUACAUUAUAAGCAGCAGCUGCUGGGCUGAACUCAUGAUGUGCUAUAACUUUCAAAUUUCAGUUUAUGUUUUUACAGGGGCCAUAUUCAGUAAUUUUGUAGUAUUUAAAAAUGUUUCUCUCUCAAGGCUAGGGUUAAGCCAGGAAUACACUGUUCAAGUCUGAACACAUUUAAGAGGUUGUGAGCAAAUUGCACGCUUUAUGAGUCAGUUAACUUUGAUAAUUGUGUCAAAGAAGCACACGUCAGUACUGUAUGGCAAGCACAUAAAUUUUUGUGCUAAACAUGGAGGUUGGAGUUUU